AGCCGGAGCUGUCCAAGUGCUGAAAUUAAUCAGCGGAGCUGAGCGCACGUCGCUCAUUCCAGCAGUAGAUGAUCAUCUUUUGAAACAAAGAUUCUUGGGCUGUACACUCCAUCUUUUGAUUUUUUUUUCAAAAAAUAAUAAUGCUACUUGAGUGGAAAAAAGCUGAUGGCUAAUUAUUUAUAAUUCUUCAGUUAAAUGAUCAAUUGCAUUCACCAUGUGCUAAAAAUCCUUUUGGAGGAGAGAAUUCAGUUCUCUCAAUUCAUGUGUGUGUACAUAUUUUUUUCUCCCCAUACUUUACGUGGGUAUCAGUCUUCCUCUAAACAGAACUAUGAUUCUAAGGACUGGCAUAUUAUUUCCUGCUCAUUAUUUGCCGCUCACAAAAAAGUCUUACUGCCUUUUGAUUUUAAAGAAAGCAAUUUUGGCUUGUGGAUCUUGCGUUUGAUCAACAUUCUCCCAUGGAAUAAUUCAGAGAAGUGUGCAAACAAUCAAAGAAAUCAAGAGGAAUGAAUCGUCCGCUUGUCAAAAUCCUGACGACCUUAUUUGCAUGUUUCUUAGAGACCAACAACUUCAGAGUGGCAGUUGCUAAGGAGCAUGAUUCAAGACCAUCAGGAAAAAGCUCCUCCUCAGCCAUGUCUCCUUCUGAUUUUUUGGACAAAUUAAUGGGUAGAACUUCAGGUUAUGAUGCAAGAAUACGACCAAACUUUAAAGGUCCUCCUGUUAAUGUUACCUGCAACAUAUUUAUCAACAGCUUUGGUUCAAUAGCUGAAACUACAAUGGAUUACAGGGUGAACAUAUUCUUGAGGCAGCAGUGGAAUGACCCACGCUUGGCCUACAGUGAAUACCCCGAUGACUCUCUGGAUCUGGACCCCUCUAUGCUAGACUCUAUUUGGAAGCCUGACUUGUUCUUUGCCAAUGAGAAAGGGGCCAACUUCCAUGAUGUUACAACAGACAACAAGCUACUGAGGAUUUUCAAGGAUGGCAAUGUUCUGUACAGCAUCAGGUUGACUCUUAUCCUGUCUUGUCCAAUGGACUUGAAAAACUUCCCGAUGGAUGUCCAGACCUGUGCAAUGCAACUAGAGAGCUUCGGCUACACAAUGAAUGAUUUGAUCUUCGAGUGGCUGAAUGAAGGUCCUGUGCAGGUGGCAGAUGGGUUAACCCUGCCUCAGUUCAUUCUGAAGGACGAAAAGGAGCUUGGGUACUGCACAAAGCAUUACAAUACAGGAAAGUUUACUUGCAUUGAAGUCAAGUUUCACCUCGAGCGACAGAUGGGUUACUAUUUGAUCCAAAUGUACAUUCCCAGCCUGCUGAUCGUCAUUCUGUCCUGGGUGUCUUUCUGGAUCAACAUGGAUGCAGCACCAGCUAGAGUGGCUCUGGGCAUCACCACUGUACUCACCAUGACCACGCAGAGCUCAGGCUCCAGAGCAUCGCUUCCAAAGGUUUCCUACGUGAAGGCCAUCGACAUUUGGAUGGCCGUGUGCCUGCUGUUUGUGUUUGCUGCCUUGCUGGAAUAUGCUGGAGUCAACUUUGUCUCAAGGCAACAGAAAGAGUUCCUCCGUCUCAGAAGAAGACAGAGAAGACAGAACAAGGAAUUGGUUGUUGGCAAUGAGAGCAUUCAAUCUGUACGCCGCACGAAUGGUUUGCAGAGCAAAGAGCCGUCGACCUGUGGAGCUUUGAAUCAAAUCUGCAAUGCAAGCUCAAGGGUAAAAGCACUGAAACACACGGCACACCACAUGAUGCCAUGUAGCCCAAGCUUGCUGGCUAUGGCAUUGGGCUGAUCCGUGUCAUGUCUUGUGGAUGAGUGUCGCACAGCAACUGCUAUCCCUAAGAGUUUAUCAUUUUCGUGUCCUUUUUUACAUUCAUCGUUUAUUUACCCUGUUUUAUUCCCACGUGCUCUGUCAAUGCACCCUGGCACCAGGAAGUCUUUCCUUUUCCUAUGAAAUGUCCAAGCAGCCUCAGCACGCAGUUCUGGGCACAGUUACAAUGAAGUGCAUGCUGAAACAAACACUGUGAAUUAAUUUAUUUCACAAAACAUUGGGGGGGCGGAGGGGAGGUUGGCAGUUUUAGCUUUCCAAAACCAGUUCGAUUCAAACGGAAGACCUGCAGAAAUUAUAUUCCAAUAUAUUUGAAGGAUUGUAAAACUCUUUCACAGUGUCGACAACUAUAAACAGGAAAAACAGUUUUCUGUGCCUACAGUAUACAACACGAGCAAUGAAGAAUUGUAAUUGCAUUACACACUCUUAUGAAGACCCUGUAACCUUUCCUUUUUCUCUUCCUAGAUUAUCUAAAGCACAACAGGUCAUGUCAGGGCAUUGGCAGAGUCUGUUCACUGAGGCUUCAGUGAAGGGAUGAACAGAUGUACUGUAUGGCUAAUGUUAACUCAGAUCAAGCCGCUCAAAACGAGGGCUCUGAAGCUCAUCAGGUAGAGACGUCUCAUUCAGGGACAGGCGUCCAGGCACCAGGAGACGAAGUGAUGAGAAAAUUUUAACAUCACUUAAAAACACUCCUUGAAAAGAUGCUGAACUCGUUUACACUUAAAUGCUAUCUUUUUUUUUCCCGAUCUCCACUGAGUGUUCCGCCACUGGUUAAAUUUGAAUGCCGCAGUCUCUUACUUUAAUAUUUCUAACCAAUAUGCUUUAUUUAUUGCCAUUUUUUCCCUGAAAAACUAGUCAUUUCUAACCAAUAUGUUGUAUAUAUUGCCAUUUUUUUAUUUCCCCCCCAAAACCCGCAAAAGGCUUGGAAGCAUCGAUUAUGAUGCAUUUUCAAUGCCCCUGAGUUCUGAAAAUCAGAUACUUUACUAUACAGCAGCUUGAAUUCCCCUUUCAGAAAAUAUCCAAGUCUAAUGCCUGCAUUGGGCCAGCCUUCCUUUAGGAGGACAUUGAAGGACAUCUUUAAGAGAUGGGGAUGGGAGGGUAAUUAGGAUUUAAUGACUCGAAAGUUAAUUUGUGCAGUUUUCACUGUCUUUGAAGCAACACAUAGUGGCAUUGUGGCGCACUCACCAUUAUCACUCUAUUAUACUACUGCCCUAAAUAUUAAACUGCAUAUAAUGCAAAAUAAAAAAGGCGGGCUUGUUCCAAGUGCUCAGAGUACACAGUGUUGUAUAGUUUGCAUCCUAAGACAUAUUCUAAUCGCAGCAAUAGUGAAAGCACUGUGCUUUGGUACCUACAGCAUAGGAAAUCCGUAAAAGGCGUUUUUGGUUAGAUUAACAAAGUCAUGUUAAGCUCAGCAGUGCUUAAAUAAGAAAAUCCCACUACAACUAAUCCACUAGCAUUAUGAAUAUGGUACAUUAUAUGGGGAAAUGUCAGGUCGCGAGAUUAAACAUUGUUCCAUUAAAUUCUAAGAGCUUUUUCUGCAGUGGGUCCUGCGCAAACUGGCUUGCGACUUCCAGGUUACCAGUCCCCAGCCUUUUUUGAAGAGUGUUAGCCCCUUUUCAAUUUCCAGACAUUUAGCAGACCACCACACACUAAGAUCUGUUAGUAACACUCUAUUAUAUAUGGAAUUUAACAUGGUAUCAAAGGAAUAAUCUGUAAACAUUUGUCAUGUAGCCAGAUUAGCAUAGGAAAUUUGUAUUCAUUAUCUCAGAAAAUAUAUAUGCGAAGCUCAGCCAUGCCUGUACAGAUGUAUAUUAAGUACCUUCAUGAGAGGCCCAGUCAUGCUUCGAAGACUACCAAGAUGGGAUGUCAGGUUGCUGGGAUGACAGAUUCCAACUUGAAUUUGAUUCCAAAUUACGUUAUUGUUUUCCGCAGAGUCCAUGUAGUAGCUUCACUAGACCACCAGGAGUCCUCAGAUUUUGGUUGGGUAAAGCUGCCCUAGAAAACACAAACGAAAGAUUGCAGUACACUAACUGUACAGCUGCUGAGCUCAUGCUUGUUUUUCUUUAUGGUUGUA